CGUACCGGAGCCAACGAGGGGGGGGGGGCAAAUGGUGCUACGAAGGACGGGAACCCGACGCGAGGCUUCCAGCGGCGUGACGGCCUGAGUCGAUGGCGCUCUUUUCUAAAGUUUGACAACGGUGAUCGCCCCCCCCCCCCCACCGGAGAGAGAGAGAGACGUUAGAAAGUCGAUCCUAACGGCGAUGAAUGCGGUGUCACUCGCGAGGAAACAGGACAGAGAGAGAGAGAGAGAGACGGGUGACUCGCCCCCCCACCCGAUGGAGGCUGACGGGACCCUCGCUGUGAGCCGCAGGCCCGGGACGUCACCUGUGAAGCGUCGACACCGCGACGCAGGGCGUCUUUAAAGGAGAAGAGCUCGCGCGCGCGCGCGCACCUGUCCGCCCGCCGUUGCGCGAAACUCACCGGAGAACUUCGUGGGGAAAACGGAAAGUUUGCAGGCCGGCGGUGGCUGCGGGAGGCGUUCUCCCCCCCCCACACCCCCACACCCGGACGAGAUGGCAAUCAUAGGGGACAGUGAACGGGGGGACAUUCUCCGCCUCAGCGUCGUCAUGUCACUCAAAGACAAUCCAUGUCGGAAAUUUCAAGCCAACAUUUUCAACAAAAGCAAAUGCCAGAACUGCUUCAAGCCCAGAGAAUCCCACCUGCUGAACGACGAGGACUUAAAUCAGGCCAAGCCUAUAUACGGGGGCUGGUUGCUGCUGGCUCCAGAGGGGACAAACUUUGACAACCCCCUCCACAGAUCUCGGAAAUGGCAGAGGAGGUUCUUCGUUCUGUACGAGCACGGCCUGCUGCGCUACGCUCUGGACGAGAUGCCCAGCACGCUGCCGCAGGGCACCAUCAACAUGAACCAGUGCUCCGACGUCGUCGACGGAGAGGCCCGGACCGGCCAGAAGAACUCGCUCUGCCUCCUGACCGCCGACAACGAGCACUUCAUACGGGCCGAGUGCAAAGAAAUCAUCAACGGGUGGCAGGAGGCUCUGACCGUGUACCCCAGGACCAACAAGCAGAACCAGAAGAAGAAACGCAAGGUUGAUGCACCCACUCAGCAGGAGCCCGGCCCGGCCAAGGUGACGGUGACCAGCGGCGCCGGGGGGGGCCUCCCGUGCCUCGCCGAGCGCGUGCCCGCGGGCCGCUCCUCCCUGUGGCAGGAGGAGCACCGCUGGAGCAGGGCGGCCAUCCCCUGCAGCCGCAGCGCCUCCUGCAUCAGCCAGCUGAGCCACGGCCAGCCGGACGCCGCCGCCGCCACUCGAGACGACGGCGGCGCCGUGAGCACCGGGCGCAAGGCGCGAGUGGAGAGUGGUUACUUCUCCCUGGAGAAGGCCAAGUCGGAACCUCCCCCGCAGCACCCGCCGCCCCAGCAUCUGCCCCCGUCCUCGGCGGCGUCUUCCUCCUCCUCCUCCUCCUCCUCCUCCUCCUUGGGAGCACUCAGUCCCAGGUACAUCUGCGAGUCCGACUCCCGAGCUUCCCCUUACCGACCCUCCCAGGAUCCUUUCCCUCCUCCAGGUGCACUGCUUUCCCCCAGCUGCUCCACCAUCAGCUCCUCGCAGAGCUCGCUGGAUUCCGAACCCAGCGGGCCGCCGCGCGGUGGUGGAGGCGGCGGUGGUGGAGGCGGUGGUGGUGGUGUUGUUGGUGGAGGUGGUGGUGGUGGUGGUGGUGGUAGGGGAGGAGGAGGAGGCCGAGGGGGCCGGCCGGGCUCGGAGUACGCGGCUCUGUCCGACGUGCCGCGGGCUCGCCGGCUCAGCCACCGCGAGGCCUUCCGCUCGGACAGGAAGCGCCAGGAGCUGCGGGCCAGGACCCGGAGCCCCGGCCGCCAGGAGGUGGCCCGGCUGUUUGGGGAGGAGCGCAGGCGCUCUCAGAUCAUCGGGCGGUUCGAGGAGGGUCAGCCUGCGGAGCGAAUGGACACCGGUGCCUCCAACGAGGCCCCCGCCAACACCCCCGCGACCCAGAGACAAGGACGCAGCGAGCGGCGCUACCUGGCUAACAAGCACGAGAUCUCGCUGGAUGCAGGGAAGGAUCGCUCGGGCCCUGACGUGUCCGGCUGCACCUACGCUUAUUUGAGAAGAGCCAAGUCGCUGGAUCGCAGAGUCACCGAGUCGGCAAUGACGCCGGAUCUGUUGAACUUCAAAAAAGGAUGGAUGACGAAGCUGUACGACGAUGGAAUGUGGAAGAAACACUGGUUUGUCCACGAUCACAGUUUGAGGUACUACAAGGACUCAAUAGCCGAGGAGGUAAGCUCAGAACUGGAUGGCGAGAUUGACCUCUCCACGUGUUACGAUGUCAAGGAGUUCCCCGUCCAGAGGAACUACGGCUUCCAAAUCCUGUGUAAAGAGGAAGCGUGCACCCUGUCGGCCAUGACCUCCGGAAUCCGUCGCAACUGGAUCCAAGCCAUCAUGAAGAACGUGCGACCCGCCACCGCUCCAGAUGUCACCCGGAAAAACGUCUCUCUGAAACUUUCCGUUCUGAAGCCCAGGUCCCUCGCCGACGAGAAGGCGUUGGCCCACGUGACGUUGGAGCCGUGUCCCCAGGCCGCCAGCGAGCCGAGCCCCGGUCCGGGGGCCCCCGAGUCGGGCAGGAGCGGCUCCCCCCCGUCCUCCGAGCCCCGGAAGAGCCGCGUGCGCGAGCGCCGGCACGAGGGACGCUCCAAGACUUUCGACUGGACCGAGUUCAAAGCGGAGCGGAGCGAAGAGCCCCCGAAGGGCCGGGCGGACGCCGUCGACCUCAGCUCGUCCUUCUCCCCGGCCUCCUCCUGCUGCUCUCCGUCCUCCUCUGCCUCGUCAUUGGCCUCCUCCCCGAUCUCCACCUCCUCCCUCCCGACCUCCUCCGCGGGAGGCCGGCGGGCGCCGGGCGCGGAAACCGAGAGGGCGACCCACAAGCCGAACGGCGUCACCGUCACCGGGUCCCCGGCGCCGCCGCUGCGGGGGGUCCGGGAGCCCGGCGGGAUGGAGGUGGACCGCCGCGCCGGUGAGGACGAGCGGGACGACGGCACCUCGGUGGUCCGAGAGGAGAUCGAGCAGCGGUGGCAUCAGGUGGAGAGAACGCCGCUGAGGGAAGAGAAGCAAGUGCCGAUCAACACGGCGCCGGGGGACUCGGACCGACUGCCGGCGCACGAGCUCGCCGCCCUGCUGGACAAAGAGUUGGGACAGAAGCAGCAGGAGCUGGACAGACUGCAGAAGCAAAACAAUGUGUUAAAAGAGCAGUUGGAAGAUGCUCUGGGGAAGGAACUCAGUGCCAGAGAUGGCUACGUGCUGCAGAACGCAACGCCGCCUCCCCCCUCCUCGACGCACAGAGUGCCGUGGCAAUGCCUGCACAGUCUUAAUCAAGACCUGCAGGGCGAGCUGGAGACACAGAAGCACAAGCAGGACCUCGCGCAGCAGCAAAUCCGAACGCUGAAGAGAAGCUACACGGAAGCCCAGGACGCCGUCGGCCACCACGAGGCCGGCAUCCAGGCGCUGCAGUCCAAGCUGGCUUCCGCAAUGGCGGAAAUCUUGGCCAGCGAACAGGCCGUGGCCAGAAUGCGCAACGAGCUCAAGCUGGAGCAGAGGCGCUCCAGGGAGCAGGAGGAGGAGCACGGCCGCGGCGAGGCCACCCUGCGAGCCCAGCUGAAGGACAGCGAAGACAGGCUCCGCGACGUGGAGGCCAGCCUCCUGGAGAGGAACCAGGCCCUGCGGCAGCUGGAGCACCAGCAGGCCCUGCAGCGGGACCACGCCAGAGAGGUCCAGCGGCUGCAGGAGAGGCUGCAGGAGGUGACCGCCCGGCUGAGUGCCACCGAGGAGGGUCACGCGCUGAAAGAGGAGCGCCUGAGGCGGGAGCAGCACGGCAUGCGCGAGAGUCACGAAAGCGAGCGGCAGAAUCUGUGCAGGCGAUUGGCCGAGGCCGAAGCGCUGCAGAAAGAGACGCAGGGCCGGCUGUCGGAGGCCGAGCAGCAGGCGGAGGCCCUGCUGCGGGGGAGGCAGGCCUCCGGGGGGAAGGAGGUGCUCAAACUGCGAGAGGAGCUGGCCCAGAAGGCCGACGCGGUGGAGUCGCUGAGGGAGAGCACGCGCAGGCUGGAGGAAGAGAGAGGCCACCUGACCUGCCGCUGCCAGGAGCUUCUCAACCAGAUCGCGGAGGCGGACCGAGAGGUCAAUAAGCUCCGCGGCCGCCUGGAGACGGAGGAGGCCGACUACUACACCCUGGAGCACUCGUAUGAGAGGGCCACGCAAGAGUUUCAGAAAAUAAGCCAGGUCCUUGGGGAAAAGGAGGAGGAGAUCCGUCAGACCAAGGAGAUGUACGAGAGGCUGGUGCAGCGCAAGGAAGAGGACUUGACAGAGGCUCUCGUUAAAAUGGCCGCACUCGGCAGCAGCUUGGAGGAAACGGAACACCGGCUGCAAGCGAAGGAGGAGCUCCUCUGUCAAAUGGGUCCAGGUGUCUCGGAGAAGCUUGAGCCCUGUGGUGCUGAAAAAGACCUGAAAGCCAAGCUCGUGGUCGCAAAGGACCGCAUAGCAGAGCUGGAGCAGCAUCUCGGCGCCCUGCAGCUGGGAUACGCCGACCUGCGCGCGGAAAAGCCGCCGAUCCCGGAGCAGAGCAAGAAGUCGAGGCUUAAAACGUCGGCCUCCUUGUCAGCAAACGGAGAGCGCUCACUUCCCUUUGACGACGCGUCAACGGCGGAUGACUUCGCAGACGAUAAGGAGUCUCAAGCCAAGAGGCCGAGGAUCCGUUUUUCCAGUAUUCAGGGCCAGAAAUACAUGAACCUCGAGGGCCUGGACGCCAGCCAUUUGAGCGGCGCAUCGGCCGACGCGGCGCAAAAGGUCCACCAGGACGUAACCGAAGGUCCGAUGUGCUCUGAAACCACCUCGUGUCAGAGCAGUGACCCAGAGAAGUUCAUCUCCAUCAUACAUUCCCUGGAGGCUAAACUGCUCGCCACCGAGAAUAAGCUGAGAGACCUCACGCAGCAUCUGGGAGAGCAGGGACGCGUGCGGGCCGAGGGGGGCGCUUCCGAGCCCGACCCCGAGGGGGAGUCGGGGCGCGAGAGCGCGACGCAGAGCGGCGCUGCCAACGAGCAGUACGCCAACGCCCUGCUGUGCUUGGAGAACAGCAGGGAGAAGGUCAGGGCCAUUCUCGGCGGCGGCGGCGGCGACAGCGACACCGCCGAUUCGCGGCUGCACUCGUUGUCGGAGGUCGAGAGCGACCUGCUGAGCGCGUCGCUGCACAUGCGGCGAGGGCACGCGGCGUGGGAACAGCGAUCCCCCUCUGAGCGCCGGGAUCAAAGCCCCGAGGCUCUCGAUGGGGAAGCUCUGCAGGUCUUCGCCAAAACGCUGUCCUUCGAGGCGGUCGUCCUGGACAAGAUGGCUUCGUUGAUGCAGAGCUCGAAGUCCGACGUCUCGCAUUCUCUUGCUGAUAUGCGGGAGGACGUAGAGGACAUCAAAAGGGGCGACGCAGGUUGCUCGGCCGUAGUUUAUGCCGACGCCUUGACCAGAAAGUUGCUGUCGGAGAGUUCCACCUGUAACGACUCGGAAGAGGCUCAGACGGACGAUGUUUCCGCUGACGUAGACUUAGACGCUGCCGUUAUCUUUAACACCAUCGUUAAAGCAGAGCUAGCCUACUCUAUUCACAACCUUAAACUUUGCUACGAGGAUAAAUUAAAACUACUAAAAAGGGAGUUGACCCUGGCCCUUGAUAACCUGCAUCACAGGGACGAGGCCCUGAAGGCCAUUAUUGAGGCUUCCCAAAGGCCUGAUUUGUUAAAUGUAAUCAAAGAAAUCCAAAAUGAAUUUGGGUUCAGUAGGCAGAAACUGGCAGGCGUCACCCCCCCCGAACUCGCCCCCUACGCGGAGCAGCUGGAAACGGAGGAAGCCCGAGGCCUGGCCGAGGAAAUCGUCGACCGGCACUUGGCGGCCGAAACGGCGACCCGCGGCGCCGAGUCGAUCCGACCGCCGCAGGACGCCCACGAGCAGCUGGCCGCCGAGCUGCGGAGGCACGCCGCCGUCCUCCGCACGUGCGCCCAGCAGAUCCGACGGGGGGGCGACCACCCGGGCCUGCACCAAGUGAUCCGCGCCGCUCUGGGCCGGCAGGCCUCGCGUCCUUUCGCCGCCGCCUCCCUGUGCAUGCGCGACGCCCUGGUCCAGGCCCAGGUGGCGUACGUGGCGUGCAGGCUGCGGGCGCUGCACGAGCAGGACCUGGACCGGUGCCGGCAGACCGGCCGCGACAUGGGCGCCCUCGUCCAGCGGCACGCCGGCAGCGUCGCCGCCGUCCAGGAGCGGUACGAGGCGUCCCUGGAGGACGAGCGGCAGGACUUUGCGCGGGCGGCGUCGGCGCUGCAGAAGGAGAACCGCGCGUUGAGGAGCGAGAUCAGCAAGCGCGUGAACCAGCUCUCGCAGCAGCAGAAGCAAAUGGCGCUCCUGGAAGAGCGCUUCAAGAAGGAGGCCGAGGAGCUCCGGCAGGUGCACGCGCAGGAGCUGAGCCGAGCGGAGGAGGGCCGCGCCUCCACCCAGCUGGCCCUCAUGGAGGCCACCUCGGGCAGCCAGCGCAAGCUCGAGGUCCUGCUGCUGGACAUGGGCGCCAUGGAGGAGCGGCACGAGGGCCACGCCAGGGAACUGGAGGAGCGGUUUGAGCGGCGCAUCCGUGAGCUCCAGCGGAUCCACGAGCAGGAGAUCGAAAAGUUGAAUUCGCGGUACGCGGAGAGCAUUGAACGUGCCCAAAAGCACCCGGGGAAGGAGAAGGAGGAGGCCGCUACGCCGAUGGAAGAGGAGGAGCAGGGGGACGCAGAGUUGGACUCCAUGUUGUUCCUGAAGGACCGCGUCCAGGAACUGGAGGCUCAGAUGAGCACCAUGAGGGACGAACUGGAGAACAAGCACCUCGAAGGAGAUGCGGCCAGCCUGAGAGAGAAAUACCAGAGAGACUUUGAAAGUCUUAAGGCCACGUGUGAACGCGGCUUCGCUGCCAUGGAAGACACGCACCAGAAGGUGGUGCACGACCUCCAGAGGCAGCAUCAGAGGGAGAUCUCCAAGCUCAUGGAGGAACGAGAGAGACUAUUGGCCGAGGAGACGGCCGCCACGAUCGCAGCGAUUGAAGCCAUGAAGAACGCACACAAGGAGGAACUGGAGAAGACCCACCGCUCCCAACUGAGCGGCUUGAACUCCGACAUCGAUGAACUCCGCUUGCAGUACGAGGAGGAGCUGCAGUCCAUCCACCGGGAGCUGGAGGUGCUGUCGGAGCAGUACUCCCAGAAGUGCCUGGAGAACGCUCACCUGUCCCAGGCGCUGGAGGCCGAGAGGCAGGCGCUCCGGCAGUGUCAGAGGGAGAACCAGGAGCUCAACGCUCACAACCAGGAGCUGAACAACCGACUGACCACAGAGAUCUCUCGGAUGCGCUCGUGCUUCAGUGGGGAAACGGCGCUGUCGCCACUUAGCCAGGGCAGUGAUGUGUACGAACUGGAGGUGUUGCUUCGAAUCAAGGAGUCCGAGAUCCAGUACCUCAAACAAGAAAUCCACUCUUUGAAAGACGAGCUGCAGUCCGCCCUGCGGGACAAGAAAUACGCCACGGACAAAUACAAGGGCAUCUACACGGAGCUGAGCAUCGCCAAGGCGAAGGCCGACUGCGACAUCGGCAAACUGAAGGAGAAGCUGCUCGUCGCCACCGAGGCGUUGGGCGAGAGGGCCGUGGACGGAGCGGUGACGUCUGGAUACGAUAUCAUGAAAUCAAAAAGUAAUCCAGAUAUCCUGACAAAUGAACGAGCAUCGACCUCCAAGCAAUCAAGAGGCAUAAGGUCAAAGAGCCUGAAAGAGGGACUAACUGUGCAGGAGCGUAUGAAGCUUUUUGAGGCAAAAGAUUCCAAAAAGAUUUGAACAUUAAGAAUCUGACGUUUUAUUUCUCCUUACUGACCUUGUUUUUUUUUUUCUGGUCAGAAGGCUUCAGCUUCUAUUGGACUAUUAUUGGAAUUGAAAAUUCAUUUAUCAAGAUCUGUUAUGAACCUGGACCUGCUGCUUCCACGCCUCCCAUUAACAUCUCCCAGGUUUUUGUUGUUUCUUCUUUUUUAUUAAUUGAAAAAUGUUUUUUUGAAUCAACCCUGUAGGUUUCUUUAAAGACAAAUCCAUAGAUGUGUAAUCUAUCCAAUAGAUUUGUGUCAAAUAAGCUGCGAGAGGGACACGUGACAUUUUUACUGAUUUUCCAAAAUGCCAAAUUAGACAGCAAUACACACUAUGAAUAAUAUAUAUUUCCCAAUAUUAAAUAUCUGCUGUAUUUUAUUAUUGUUGCAGUUUCUAUAUCUUAUAAUUUUAAUGUGUGUGUUGUCCUGUUGUACAUAACUACUGGAUAUGAGUACGGCUUGUUAUUGAUCGUUGGGGUAUCUGCUGUACAAUAACUAGGGUUUGGUUGAUGGUGGAAAAACAAUGUGAUGCUGAGCUUGCUUUUGUAUGAGUUUUCUAAAGUGGAGUUUGUUGUGUGUGAAGGGGGAACAGAGGGGGGGGGGGGGGGGGGGGGUGAGAUUGCACUUAUCUCUUGACUACUUGGAAGCUUCUUUUUUUUUAUAUUCGUCUCAAAUUGGUGUAGUGACUUUAGGUCAAUUAUUGCAGUGCAACCAAACAUUGUGACUUCUGUCACACUUAGUGAGCAACUGUGACUUGUUAGUGAUACUGGAUUCUUUUCUUCUUUUUUUUUUUACAUUUUCUUAAAACCUAAAUUUGCGUUUGCUCGGUUUUGAGUUUGGUGUGAGAAUUUCCUUUCAGAAAAGAAACUAUUUAGGACUUUGCAUGACUCAACCGUAUCAUUUGAACUGCGGAUUGAUUGCCUUUUAGUGCUUGUAUUGUGAAGCUCUUGACACUAACCAGCUUUGCUUUGCGCCUCCUACUGUUUGGUGUUGAGAUUGAAACGUUUCUCCGUAAGCAGCAGCCUUCGAUCCCCGACUCCUCACUGAGAUCUAGUUGUGCCUCAACUGAGUGACGAGUACAAGCAUCCAUGCCACCUGUGCAGCUAAGGAUACACACUGUAUAGUAUUCAAACCACAGCGUGCGUGUGUGUCUGUGUGUCAGUGUGUGUGUGUGUGUGUGUGUGUGUGUGCGCAUGCCACGCAAGACUUCUGAGUUUUGUUUUAAACCUGUACCUUGCUCAUUAGCUCCAUAUGAAAUAUAUAUGAUUUUUUUUAAUUUUCAUUUGAAUGUAUAUUGUCAAAUAAAUGAAGUGUUUGGAAA